CCUAAAGAACUUAAGAGGUCUCGAUGAUUUACCUUAAAGAAGAAAAUUUAAUCAGAAGAAACUUUUGACAGUUAAAGUCUAAAGGAUUCUUUAGCACUAUGCGUAGGCGUUAUUAUUAUAUGUUUUCAUGUUAGCUAAUAUAUUUCUCAAUGCUCAAGCUAUUUACAAUAGUUUUAUGGCUGUGUUUCUUUCUUUCUGAAGUGCCAAAAUGCUUCUUUCUGGAUUGUAUGCAUUUCUUUUGUAUAAGCUUGGGCAAGUCACAUAGCAUAUGACCAAUACGACACCUGUUUGAAAUUUUCUCACUACUCCUCUACGAUGAUAGCUUUGGUACUUGAAUUAUAACCAAGGAUGAAAUAUUGAUUUCUCUUAACCAGUCAGGGUUUUACAUUUGCAUAGUUUUCCACACCAUCCAAAUUUAAACUAAAGACUUGUUGAUACAGAAUAUAGUAAAAAUUGAAAACAACUCCUCUUUUUGCAACAUUAGAAAUGCGAGAGUAUAACUGUGCAUCAUUUUUAUAUCAUUUACAGCUUUUAAGUGGCAUAAAACAUUUCAUUGGAUCCAUAACCAGUUUUUAUAUGGAAAAUAAACCACCCAGCAGCGAACUGAACACAUUACGAAAUAGAAUAUGUGCAUUUAUCCUGCAAAAAAACCUUCAGUUGUAUCAUUUUUUUAGAAUGGAAACUAAAGAUAGCAUGAGAAAAUUUAGCAGCAUGCUAAACAGCCCAUAUCACAACUCUAACAAGGUCUCUGUUGACUACCAGAGGGAGAGAUCUGUAGAAUCUCCAUAUACAUCUCUGGAAUCGGGACAGAGUUCAUAUGCAAGUAUUAGUCAACAUGGUAGUUAUGAAUUUCUAAAAGCAAGAGCAGAGAAAAAUAGUGUGAUGCAUGACAGUAAAUCAAGAGCUGUGAUGGAAGCUUUGAAAGGACUUCAAUCUAAAAUACAUCGUUUGGAAUCUGACAGAACCAAAGCAGAGAAUAAUUUGAAAUCAUUAGCAACAGAAACGAAAGAUUACAAAACACUGCUGGAACGACAACAUGUGGCUGAUCACGCUAGUUCUCUGGAUGAUUCACACACAAAAGAACUUGAAGAACAACUUAAUCAUGCGCAAAGUAAAUGUCAUCUGUUGGAAAAACAAUUAGACGUUAUGCGUGAUAUGAUGUACAAUCAACGUCCCAUUGUGCCCAGAAUAACAAGUUCGUCUUUAUCUCCUGUCACCACUUCGUCUCCAGGAUACAGCGUAGCCACCAGCGGUGAAGUUUCCAACUCUCCUGCGCAGACGUACAAGUCUGUCCCUAGACCUAUUGAGUCUCAUGCCAUGACAAAACUUAAUGAUCUGGAAAGGGAGCACUUAAAGUUGACAGCAUCACAAAACGUUACAGAGAGCAAAAUCAAAGAAUUGGAGGAGAAAAUCAGAGAAGAGCGCCAUCACCGAAAACUUUUACAAGACAAGGCUGCAGAGUUGCAGAGUGCUGUAGCGAUAAGUAAGGCUCUACAAUUCGUUGGAAAUACUGCUCGAACAGAACCGCUCCCGAGAACGAAAAAAAGGAAAAAGGUUGUCCGCUCAUCGAGCUGUACACUUCCACAAACUAAACAGCCCGCUGUGAGAAACACACCACAUUAUCAUCUUGAUUUAGCUAACAUUCCUUUUGUUGUUGGACAGUCUACAAAAAGAUCUCAUUCGCUUGGAGCUAAUAUCCAAAAUGUACUCUCCAUAAUGAAGUCUCACAAUAAACUUUGUAACAAUGCUCUCGACUUACCUCUUCCUACCCAACACCGAAAGCACGUCAAGAACACUAAAGUAACACCAUCCGAUGAAGACAUUAACGAGUUAUUAGUCACGCUACAAGAUGAAUUCGCCCAACUGGGAUUUGAACACAGAGAACUGACGUCACAGAUUCAGCAGACAGAGGAGACAGAUAUAUCUAACGAUUUGGAACGUGAAGUAGAGCGAAUCGUGCAGAAAAUGGAAACGAAAGGAAAACAGAUACAUGUAAUUAGAGAUCAUUUAAAAAAAUUGAAGGAGUUAUCAAAAAGUAAAAAGAAGACUACAUCAAAAGAUCAGUACGCUCUCUAUCGUUCUCCAGAUGCAGGAGGUGUUGGAACAACUAAUCAAACAAAAGGUGGAGAACAGACAGUUAGUAAAAAAAACGUCAAUUUAGACAUGUUGAAAAAAGUGCGGAAACUGCAGACUACUUUGCGAAAAGAUGAUUUGAAUUGGGAAUAAAAUGAGUUUCAAAUAAUAGUUUAAUUCACUUUUUAAUAUUAUGUUUGCCAGAAUGAAUUUACAUUUUACCGUUUACAUUAUGAUUGUGGCAGUAAUUUAUCACAUGAUUCCACCUGGAGGUGUUUCAAGUCCCAAACCAAUUUAACGCGUGCGUAAUAAAUUUAAUUUCCAUUGGACUUUUAAUUUUUUAAGAAAUUACACGAAGAUUGAUUAUAUUGUUGAUAAUUAAUACUGCGCGGAAAUAAUUUUAUUACCUAAUGAAGUCAGCUUCGCAGAGGUCAUGAAUUUUGUGAAAUUGAGGUUUUAUUGUUUUACAAAGUCGUUUUGGUACAAAAAUACACCUGCCAUUUUUGAAGUUUUUUUUAUGAAAUAUAUCUAACAUAACACA